CUGGGGGAAACUCCUUCCUUUUCAGCAACGUGAGCGAGAGAAGAGAGGUCUGCAACUACAGCUUCUGCUCGCGAGCCGCGUCAAAGCCCCACCUUCUGCGCACCACAUGCACCGCGGCAGCGAGACCUCCGCCGUCCCCUCAGUACCCGCCGGCGGCGCUCGCAGUGGCGGGGACGGCAUAUUUGCGGGCGAACCCUCACGCUGGUCUGGCGGCGGCGGCGGAGGCCGUGGAGACUACUCAGAUCAUGACAACAGAAAUGGUUAUGUUAAACUUCUUGUUGGAACAUUACCGAGAAUAGCAAGUCAAGAUGAUGCAAUGGGUCCUGUUGAGGUUAGAUAUGCCGAUGGUGAAAAGAAGCGUCCUGGGUCCAUUGAGAACAAAUUGUUUGUUGCAUCACUGAAUAAGCAGGCAACUGCAAAGGAGAUUGAAGAGGUUUUUUCUACUUUUGGUCAUGUGGAAGAUGUUUACAUUAUGAAAGAUGGCAUGAGGCAGAGCCGAGGUUGUGGCUUUGUCGAGUUCUCAUCAAAAGAAGCUGCACUUGCAGCCAUGAAUUCUCUUGGUGGGACUUACAUAAUGAGGGGGUGCGAACAACCAUUAAUAGUUCGAUUUGCUGAUCCUAAGCGGCCUAGACCUGGAGAAUCAAGGGGUGGCCCUGCAUUUGGUGGUCCUGGUGUCAGUCCUCCAUCUGAUGUACUUAUUAUCAGGCCGACUGCCAAUCUUGAUAAGCCAGGAGGUCGACAUAUGCCUCCCGACACUUGGCACCCUGCAAGCCUAAGCUCAGUGGCACCUCAUCAGUUUAACAACUUCAGGUGGGACAAUCCUAUGGGCCUAAUGGCUGGCACUGUUAUAGCAGCAGCAUAUAAUGGUGCUUUUCGACCUCAGAUGUUUCAUGGGAAUGGUCAGACAGCUGUGCCGAUGUCAUCUCAUAUGGGCAUAAAUCCUUAUUCGCUACAAGCGCAUCAUCUAGGGUGGCAGCAGAUCCCGGCCUUGCAAAAGCCACCUGGGCCACCGCAUAAUUUCCCUGUACAAAUGCAGAAUCAGCAGGGGCAGCAUUCCUUGGGGCCUGGUUGUUUUGGCCAGAAUGUACCAUCUAUGCAAUUAUCUGGCCAGCUUCCCGUGCCACAACCAUUGACGCAGCAAAAUGCUUUUGCAGGCGCUCUACAGGCGCUUUCGGCUGUACAGUCCAAUCCCAUGCAACCUGUUCCUGGACAACAGCAACUUCCGUCCAAUGUGACACCACAAAUGCUGCAACAACCCAUCCAGCAGAUGCCAUCACAAGCACUGCAAUUGCUACUCCAGCAGCAAGCAGCUUUGCAGUCCAAUUAUCAGUCUUCACAGCAGCCGAUUUUUCAGCUUCAGCAUAAGCUUGGCGUGCAAGAGGGAAAGCUUGACACGAGAGCAAAACAGUUUGGUGAGCAAGAGGACAAGCUUUACAUGAGAGCAAAACAGCUUGGCGAGCAAGAGGGCAAGCUUGACGCGAGAGCAAAAAAGCUUGGCGAGCAAGAGAGCAAGCUUGACGCUAGAGAAAAACAGCUUUCUGAGCAAGAGUGCGAGCUUGACGCAAGAGCAAAACAGGUUGUGGAGCAAAAGUGCAAGGUUGACGCGAGACCAAAACAGCUUGGCGAGGAAGAGGGCGACAUGCAAGCAAUGGAGUCGCUCAUGAAGGCAUUGGUUACAAAGGAAAGAGAAAGUAAUGACGAGCUGCAAAGUACUCGGAAGAUGCUCAUAGAGGCUUUCCAGAAAUUGACAAAUGGUCGGUCACAUAUAGGUGUCAAAAGAAUGGGCGAACUUGACCCUAAAACGUUUGCGAAUGCUUGCAGAUCAAAUGUACCACAUGAGGAUGCCCAAUUUAACUCUGCUAUUCUUUGUUCAAAAUGGCAAGCGGAAAUUGCAAACUCAGAGUGGCAUCCUUUUAGGAUAGUCACAAUUGAUGGUAAACUGACGGAAAUUCUCUUGGAGGACGAUAAGAAGCUCCGCGAAUUGAAAGAAGAGCAAGGUGAGGAGAUCUACGGCUUGGUGACAAAGGCUCUGCGUGAAAUCAACGAGUACAACCCCAGCGGACGCUACAUCGAACCGGUGCUGUGGAACUAUAAGGAAGAUCGAAAAGCGACGCUGCAGGAAGCCAUCCAGUUCGUCCUCAAGCAGUGGCAGUCACACAAGAGAAAGCGCUGAUCUGCAGGCUGGGGCGCCCUUAUUUUGCUUUCACAAAACCUGUAUGUAGUCUAACUCAACUUGGUGCAACCAUAGCUAGUGCCAGUGGAUUAGCUGAGAGGUCUGUAGUUGCUCCUUGGUUCCUGAUGAUCAUGGAACUAGAUUGAUCGAAUUUUGUUUUCUACUAGCUGUAUAGAGUUUAGCUAGAUGCUCUUGUUGUAUAGCCUUGGCAUUUAUGGAUGCUGCUACAAAUCCCAGAAAUGUUAUUCAGCUUUCCUCUUA